AUGUCGUCUGAAAUCCGACGACGUCCCGGCUUGACGCGAUCAAACUACACACCUCUCGUCAACGAAUCUGAAAAUGAGAAAUCGCAAAAAAUCGAUCAAGAAGAAUGCAGUAAUCAGCUGAAAACCCAACACUGGGCCCUGAUUUUCAUCUACUUGGGAAUCAUUAUUUUGGGCGCUUGCCAUUUGCACACUUGUAUGCCCCAACCAAAAGAGCCAAAUUCGGAUGAUGUGCAAUUUUCGGAGACUCGAGCCGCAAAGAUUUUAGAGGAAUUAUCGGAUUAUGGUUGGAAACCGGCUGGAUCGUAUAAUUGUGAAGUUUUGGCGAGGAAUCGGAUUUUGAGAGAGUUGCAGUGAGUUUUUUUCCGAUAAAAUUUAAUUUUUGGUGGCUUUUUUUCGAAAUCCUUAUGAAAAUUUCAAUUUUUCAAAUCUGGAACCUCUUCCAGUUCAACAAAUCCCUCAUUUUCGAGGCGAAUUUCAUGAUUUCAGUCUUAAAUUGAUUGGAAUUCAUUUGGUGAGCAUCAUUCGAGUAAGAUUCAUUUUUUCGCCUAAAAUUUCACUCUUUCGAAAUAUCUAUGAAAAUUUCAGAGUCCAUUUUCUACCAAAAUAUACCGAAUUUUGUGUUUAAAAAAUUCACUGUUUCAAAAUUUCAUCAAAAUUUUCAUGGACAUUUGCUCUUUUUGCUACUUAUCUUGAUGUUGUCCAAAUAAAAAUUUCUGUUUUGAAUAAAAAAAUUUAUUUUUCAACAUUUUGUUUAAAAAUUUUUUCAAAACAAUAAAAGGAAAAAUUCACUGUUUCAAUAUUUUAUCAAAAGUUCUAAUAGAAAUCUGCAAACUUUGGUACCUAGUGAUUGUCCGGAAAAAAAAACUUUUUGAAAAAAAUUCACUGUUUCAAAAUUUUAUUAAAAUUUUUUGAAGAAUACCACUAGAUAUAACGGGGUGAGUCAUAAAAAUAAAUUGACAAAAAAAGUGCGAUUAAUUUCACGGUUUUUGUCAAUUAAUCGCAUGCAUUUCUGAAAAAUUAACCAUCUCAAAUUUAGUCUCAAAACGCUCCAAAUUUUCAGAGAGAUCCAAAAAACCUCCAUCUCCCACUUCGACAUCGAAACUCAAUAUGUCAGCGGCUGCUUCGAUAUUCCGGCUCAUGAUACCGAAGGAAUGAAUAUCUGCUAUCGAAAUGUGUCGAAUGUGAUCGCUCGACUUGGCGCCAAAAAAUACGAGGGAAAAGAGAUUGCGGUGCUUUUGAAUUGUCAUUAUGAUAGUUAUCCGACGAGUAGUGGUGGGUGUGAAAUUUUUGCCACGUGGCAAUUUCUCUGAAGAGGAUCUUGAAAAAAAAUUUUCAGCCGGAAGUGAUGAUCUCAGCUCGUGCGCCCUGAUGUUAGAACUCAUCCGAAUCUACGCCAAACAUCCCGUCUUCCUCAAUCACAACAUCAUCUUCCUCUUCAACGGAGCCGAAGAAUCCUCGCUUCUCGCCGCUCACGGAUUCAUCACCCAACAUCCAUGGCGCCAUCAAAUCCGCGCCUUUAUCAACCUCGAAGCCAGCGGAUCCGGAGGCCGUGAGCUGCUCUUCCAGGCCGGCCCCGCCAAUCAAUGGCUCCUCAAUUCAUACUUGGAGGCCGCUGUUCACCCGCAUUGCAGUGUUUUGGGACAAGAAGUUUUUCAAAGUGGCGUUUAUCCGGGAGACACGGAUUUCCGGAUCUUUCGAGAUCACGGGCGGAUUCCGGGCCUAGAUUUGGCCUUUGUUCAAAAUGGCUAUUGGUAUCACACGGAAUUCGACGAGGCGAAACGAAUCACAAAAGGAAGUUUGCAAAGAGCUGGAGAGAAUGUUUUCGCCGUCAUAAAUCAUCUGAUGAGUGCACCGUAUUUGGAAAGUCCCGCCGAAUAUACGGAUCACAAAUCGGUGUUUUUCGAUUUCUUGGGAUUGUUUGUGGUGAUUUAUCCGUUGAGUUUUGCGCAUGUUUUGAAUGUCACUAUUGUUCUGGCCAGUUUGUUUUUUGCUGCGAAUCGGGUGGCCAAAAAUUGUGAGUUUUUGUUUUUUUUUUGGAAAGUUACAGUAGACUCUUGCAGUCUGGAUACUGUAGUUUUGGCCUAGAAGUAUCCAAUUCUACGAACUGCAAAAAAAACCAAAAUACUAUAAUAAGCUUGCAGUUGGGGGUACAGAAAUGUUAAGCUACAGUAACCGGACUGCAAAAAACUAAUGAACCGUAACAUGUAUAUUUGCAGUUCGAGGUACUGUAGUUUUUGUCUAGAAAUUUUGAGCUACAGUAAGUAACCGGAACUGCAAAAUUCUGUGUUCUCAAUUAUUUCUCAUUUGCAGCUUGGAAUACUGUAACUGAUUGAACUGCAAAAACCUGCCCGUUUUGCAGUCCGGAUUUUGUAUUUUUGAAAUCAAUUUGAAAUUGAGUCAAAUUUUUUCUGAAAAAAAACAUUUGCAGUUCGAGAUACUGUAUUUUUUGUCUAGAAAUUUUGAGUUACAGUAACCGGACUGCAAAUAUCUGAAGAUAUGCAUUCUCGAAUGGUUUUUCAUGUGCAGUUUGGAAUACUGUAGCUAACCGAACUACAAAAAUUCAGCUUAUUGGGUUACAGUAAUCGGACUGCUCCGGAUACGGUAACUAUAUGAAUUUUUGCAUGAAAAUUAACAGAAAAUGUCUAGAAUUUCUGAAAAAUCUCCAAAUUUUUUUCCAGCCUGGAUUUUCUUCAUCGCUCUUCGUGACUACAUAAUCAUCACAAUUUCAAUGCUCUUCAUAUUAUUCGUAAUGUCAAAAAUGUCCGUCUUCACAUACGGUGCACUUCGUUGGUAUACAAGACAAUGGCUAGCUUUGAUUGCCUAUGGAUUCCCCACAAUUUGGGCCGGCCUAACAGUCCAAAGCCUUCUUUCGGCCCGCCGGAAUCCGAAAUCCAGAAAAGAAUAUGCGGCGUGUCUCGAAGUUGUUCAUUUGGUUUUUUUGAGUGGAAUUUUGGUGGUCUUCACGUAUUAUAAUAUUGCCAGCGGGUUUAUUUUUACCCUACUUUGCUUGCCGAUUUUGAAAAUUGUUGUGCAGUUUUUGGGAUUUAUUGGAGGUGGGAGGUUUUGGGGAAGAAAUUUCACUGUUUCAAAAAUUUAUGAUUAUUUUUGAGAGAUUUUUAGAAUUGAUUAUUUUACUAUAGGGGGAAAAAGUUUUGAUCUAGAAAUUUCUAGAAAAAAUCUUGAAUUUCUUAUAUUUCCAAGUUUUGAGAUUUCGUAGAAAUUCUCACCGGAAAAGCUAAAAUUCUGGAAAUUUUUUAUCCAAAAAAUUCACUGUUUCAAAAUUUUAAUUUGGGAAUUUUGGGAUUUUCAAAUUUGAUUACGGAGAAAUUCUCAAUGGAAAAACUAAAAUUCUGGAAAUUUUUUCCCUAAAAUUUCACUGUUUCAAAAUUUUAAUGUGGGAAUUUUCAGGCUUUUCUAACUUGAUUCUAUAAAUUAUCGAAAAAAAGCUAAAAUUCUGGAUAUUCUUGAGCCAAAAAGUAUAGGAUUUUUCCCCCAAAAUUUCACUGUUUCAAAAGAUUUUGAUCUAAAAAUUUUGGAUUGUUGAAACAAUGUUAAAUUGUUGUCGGUUAUUUACAGAAAACAUUCUUAUAUUUCAAAAUUUUAGUUUGAACUUUGGAGAUUUUUAAAACUGAUAUAUUUUUUGAAAAAUCUGGAUUUUUUGUCCCCAAAAAUUACUGUUUCAAAUGUUUGUUAUUUGAAAAUUCAUCUCAAAUUUUUACUCAAGAAUAACUAGAGAAGUCAAUUUUUCUCAAAAAUUUACUGUUUCAAAAUUUUUAAAUAAUUUUUGGGAGAUUUUUAGAAUUGAUUGUUGGAAUCCUGGAGGGGGAAAAAGUUUUGAUCUAGAAAUUUCUAGAAAAAAUCUUGAAUUUCUUAUAUUUCCAAGUUUUGAGAUUUCGUAGAAAUUCUCAACGGAAAAGCUAAAAUUCUGGAAAUAUUUUAUCCAAAAAAUUCACUGUUUCAAAAUUUUAAUUUGGGAAUUUUCGGGAUUUUCAAAUUUGAUUACGGAGAAAUUCUCAAUGGAAAAGCUAAAAUUCUGGAAAUUUUUUCCCUAAAAUUUCACUGUUUCAAAAUUUUAAUGUGGGAAUUUUCAGGCUUUUCUAACUUGAUUCUAUAAAUUAUCGAAAAAAAGCUGAAAUCUGGAAAUUCUUGAGCCAAAAGGUAUAGGAUUUUUCCCUAAAUUUCACUGUUUCAAAAGAUUUUGAUCUGAAAAAUUCAGUUUUUUGAAACAAUUUUGAAGUUCUGUGUGUAAUCUAUAGAAAAAAAUUUCUUAUGUUUCAAAAAUUUCACUGUUUCAAAAUUUUGGUUUGAACUUUUGAGAUUCUUAAAAUUGAUACAAUGUUUUUGAAAAAUCUGGAUUAUUUGUCCCCAAAAAAUUUACCGUUUCAAUUUUUUUUAUUUGAAAAGUUAUCUCAAAUUUUUACCCAAGAAAACUAGAGAAGUCAAUUUUUCUCAAAAAUUUCACUGUUUCAAAAUUUUAAUGUGGGAAUUUUUAGGCUUUUCUAACUUGAUUCUAUAAAUUAUCGAAAAAAAAGCUGAAAUCUGGAAUUUCUUGAGCCAAAAAGUAUAGGAUUUUUCCCUCUAAAAUUUCACUGUUUCAAAAAUUUUUGAUCUGAAAAAUUCAGUUUUUUGAAACAAUUUUGAAUUUUUAUGUAUUAUUUACAGAAAAAAUUUCACUGUUUUAAAAUUUUGUUUUGAACUUUUGGAAUUUUCUAAAUUGAUAUAUAUUUUUGAAAAAUCUGGAUGUUUUUGUCCCCAAAAACUGUUUCAAAUUUUUGUUUUUUGAAAAUUUAUCUCUAAUGUUCACUAGAGAAGGCAAUUUUCCUCAAAAAUUUACUGUUUCAAAUUUUUUUCAUAAUUUUCGGAAGAUUUUCAAUAUUUGCUGGGUGAAAAAUUAAUCGAAUGAUUAGAAAAAACUUACUGUUUCAAACUUUCUUGUGAACCAAUUCUUUUUUCCAGAUUGUCCAACACUUCAAACCCUCCUAACUCUACUUUUAUCCUUCCCCGGAUUAUCAAUGAGCAUCUACACCACCGAAAUGUUGCUCACAAUUUUCAUUCCAAUCAUGGGCCGAACACCAACAAAUCCUGAAUUAGUUGUUGGCAUUUUUGUGUUCUUCUCGUCUUUCAAUAUUGUUAUGUCACUAAUUGGCCUAACUCCAAGAAGUCGAAAUUCACGUGAUCCUUCAGAAACGAGAAUUGGUGAUUUUAUUUAUACGAUUUUUGGUGUGAUAUUGGCUACGCUGACGGUUUUGUUGGUUUUUGCGAGCAUUUGGCCGUCGCCUUUCCGAUUUGAUGAGAGAUAUCCGACGGCGAAAAGGACGCAGUUUUUCGUGAGUUUUUUUUUUAAUUUUUUGAUUCUGAAAAUUAUGCAUUUUUUGAAACAGUCAAAUUUUUGAAUUAAAUUCCAAACUGAAAUCACGUGAUUUUGGCGCUAAAAAUGCCACGUCAUAACUCUUGAUGCUUCCUUAAAAUAUUAAAUUUUAAAAAAAGUCAAGUUUUUUUUGAAAAAUUUUUUUUGGUAUCUAUUCAAUUUUUUAAAAUUAUUUUUUCACGUACGAAUCAUCAGUUGAAAAUUCCAUAAAAAUUCUAACAUUUUUGAAACAGUCAAUUUUUUUCGAAAUUUUUUCAAAUUAUUUGUUAAUUUUCGAAGUAUGAAUCAUAAGUUGAAAAUACCAUAAAAAUUUCAAAUAUUUUUGAAACAGUGAAGUUUUUAAGAUAUUUUGAAUUGUGGAAUACAAACAUUUCAAUUUCUAAUAUUUUUAACCCGAUAUAAUAAACGUGGUUGAAUUGAAUAUUCUGUGAGAAAAUUUUGAGAAAAGUGAGGUUUUUGAAACAGUCAAUUUUUUCAAAUGAAAAUAUUUUUUUUCCAAAAUUUUACUCUGAAAUCACAUGAUUUUGGUGCUUAAAUGUCACGUCAUAACUCAUAAUGGCUCGCAAAAUUGUGAAAUAAAAAUUAUCAGAAAAAAAAUGAAUUUUUUGAAACAGUAAAUUUUUUUUCGAAAAUUUUUUCUGGUAUUCAAAUUUUUCAAAUUAUUUCUACACUUCUAUAGAUAAGUACGAAUCAUCAGUUAAAAAUACCAUAAAAUUUUCAAAUUUUUUUGAAACAGUGAGAUUUUUUGUAUUCAAAAAUGUUGAAAAAUUGAAAUGUUUCUAAAUAUUUCAAAUUGGUGCACAAUUUGUGAUAAAAAAUUGACUGUUUCAAAAAUUUCUCAAAUUUCUGACGAUUUGAGUUUCUUAAUUCUGAAUCACUACCAUUCACUAAAAAAAAUCAUACAAUUUUUCUAGCACACCAAUCAAUUAUUCUACAAUCGAGACGGUUCAGUAGCUGUGAAUGAAUCCCGACUCUACGCGAUUUCCCUCGAUUUCCGUGGUCCUGAAGAUAUUCCAUUUGUGAAAUCCGACCCCGAAUACACAAUGAUCUCAUGUUUUUAUCCGAAUAAUCCAUUUUGUGAAGUGCCCUAUUUGUUCCCGAAUCGAGGUCGAAUAAACGAGAAAAAUAUGCGGGUUCGAAAAUUGGAGGAGACGCCGAAAUUCCCGAAAUCUGUCAAAAUUUUGCAAAUUUCAAAAAAGCGCGGGGAAAUUGAUGGAGCUGCCUGUAUUGAUUAUCGAUUUAGUGUUAUUGGUGAGUUUUUUUUGGGGAAACUGUGGAUUUUAUCGAUUUUUUCAUUACAAAAUUUCUGGAGAGAGAAAUUAUGCAAAAAAAAAAUCUGAGGAAAAAUACGUUUCAAAAAUGUUGUAUAUUUUUUGGGAGUUUUUGGUAAAUCGAUAACGAAGUCAAGUCUAUUUGAUAAUUGAUUGGAACAAAACUACAGUAACCUGGACCUUUUGUUAGGGUACUGUGGAUUUUAUUGAUUUUUUUAGGGAAAAAUGGUCUAAAAAAUUUUUGCUGUUUCAAAAUUCUUGUAUAUUUUUUCCGGAGUUUUGGGAAAUUGAUGAUCAAGUCGAAUUUAUUUCAUAAUUGAUUGGAACAAAACUACAGUAACCUGGACCUUUUGUUAGGGUACUGUAGAUUUUAUUGAUUUUUUGAGGAAAAAAUGACCUUAAAAUUUUUCUGAUGUUUCAAUAUUCUUGUAUUUUCCUUUUUUUUUUUUGAAAAAUCGAUAGUCUAUUUCUACUUUUGGUAUACAUAGGAAAAGAUUUUCGCUUGAAAAAGUCCAGGCAAAUACUUUCCAGGAACCAGUCAAAUUUCGGUCUACCUAAUUCCCGACUCAAUCUGGGCCAUCACAAACACAUCAGUCUCAGCCCCCGAAAUCCCCCAACACGAUAUGUUUUUGUAUUUCACCUGUUCGAAUCCAUCAAAUCUUUGCGAAUGGAUUUUCGAUGUUCAAAUCCGUCAAAUUUCCCAUGAAAUCAGCGACGAUAAGCCGCUUUUGGUGGGAGUUUCGAAUCAUUAUCUACACGGGCCCCAUAUGCUUUCAAAAACGUUGACUAAUUUACGUGAAAAGGUUUUCGAAAUGCGACCCACGAAUCCCGAAUGGACUAUUAAUCCAAGUGCGUGGAAUGUUGAUCAGGUUUAUAGGCAUUUUUAG